AUGCAGGAUGGGGCGGCCGCAUUGACGCGGUACAGGUCCCGGCGUACGGCCUCGACAAGCCCUGCUUCAAUCGUCUUCCGUGUGAGGGGCGUCUCAGCAUCGCUAACCCGCUUGUUCUCGAGAGCCACUUACAUGCGAAAGGCGCCGCGCACCGUCUCGCCGUACGCCAAGCGGAGCGCCGCGCCGCGGGACUCACCAAUGCGCGACCUUUGCGCGAUUCUAUCCCCCGACCCUGCGCAGAUCAUCCUGCUCGACCAGCCUGGCUUCCAGACGAAGGGUCCUCCGGACUCGGCGUCCGUGUAUUUCGGUGGUCCUGGCCCGCUGCUUUCGCCUCAUGACCAAGCCGGCUUUGACGAGUUCUGCAUCAACUUUGCCAAUGAAGUGAUACUCUCGUACAUCAUCCGCCACACGUUCGAAGACUCUGUCGGUUACAGGAGUCAAAUGACCGGCGAUGGUAUCUCCUUGGCACCCAUCACGACUAUGGACAACUCGGCAUUCAUUGACGCUUCUGGGUGGCGCGCAGCUCAAGCGGCACAUUGUGCAGGUCUUGGAUGGUGCCGCUAUGCGAAGUUAGUGAGGGAGCACCCGGAGCAGAUCAAAGCAGGCGCGGAAUGCGUCGUGGUCGUCACCGCCGCGAUUGUGUAUACGAACAAAACGAAGUAUCGCAGCACUGCUAUCAUGGAAUUUGGACUACCGAUCGCUCUAAACGCGUAUAUUGAGCAAUUCAUGUCCACAGAGGAAGGCGCACCCCGCGCGGCUGUGAAACGCCUCACCGCUACCAGCGAGCAGCAGCUCAUUGAGGCCACAAUCAACGCACCCGACUGGGAUACACUCUAUGCAGCAUGCAUGGCGCGUGACCUGCUCUGGGUUGACGAGAAAGCAAUCAACCUCGACGAGUUUGUCGCCAUCUCCCAGACGCUUGUCGAUUUAUUCUCAACGCCCGAUCUCGUCCCCAAUUUCAUCUCCAUUCGGCGGCACCUGCUCACACACUACUCGCUUUUGCAAUCCACGGGUCUCUCGCCGCUGCUCUUGCGGUGCGUGUGA